UACUGCAAGCUGUGUGAUAUAAAAAUGUUGUUAUGCGCUCUUUAAAUUAAUUUUUAUUAUUUGCUAUGUGUUCAAAUUUGUUGUUACUUUGAUAAUGCAUGUUGUAAAUAGGAAUGGGUGGCUGGAAUUUUUUAGAAAACUGUUCUCUUAAAUAUGACUUCGGAAUCAAGAUCUUCUGUAGCAGCAUGGAAGCGUUGUAACCUUUGUGCGGAAACAACUUUUAAAACUGCACAAGAAUUCAGAUUGCAUUUACGACAAAAUCAUUGUAAAAAAGAAGGGGGAUCAUAUGUCUGCUGUUAUGGUAAAAAUAAUAUAUGUGGAUCAUUACCACUGGAAGGCGUAAAUGACCAAGAUUACGAAUUCCACGUCGUGAAACAUCAUGUGCUGACAUUUACUGUCGAUGAUGAUAACUCUCAAGAGGAGAAGUUUGUGGAAAAUCUUCGUCAAAAAUAUGCUCAUAUUUUUACUGCUGCUGAAAACAAUACCCAACCAAAUGUUGUAGAAGAUAAAUAUCAAUGGACAAUUUACAAUAGUUCUCAAAAUUUGCCUGCUGUGCUUAAUGAUCCUCGUAAGACUAAGCGAGAAUAUGAUCUUUUUACCAAAAGCUGGGGUGAUAGUUUUGUGGAAUCAGCUAGUUUACCUCCUACAUAUUUGCCAGAUAUUAAUUACAAGCACUUUGAAAUAUAUUUAAAGCAUAUAAGAAAAGGUAUAAGGAGAAAUGCUAAAAAGAAAGAUCAACAAGAUAAAAAGCAACAUGCUUCACUUUGUGCUGAAAAAUCAAUGUCUAAAUUUGCUGACAUUGAAGAAAUACCAAAAAUAUUUUUGCAAUCUGACUUUAAUUUGGAAAAUCCUUCUACAUUCAAUGCAGUUCUUCCUUGGUCUCAAUUAUAUGGUCAAGGAUCAGCUGAAAAUUCUAAUCAGAAAAAUUCUAUCAAGUUAUUGCAAGAAAAGAUGAGUCACUAUUUAGAUAUUGCUGAAGUUCAUAUAGCAAAGCAAAUAUCUAUGCGUUCAGAAGCUUUUUUUCAUGCAAUGACUUCUCAUGAUGCAUUAAUGGAUCAGUUAACUGAUGUGAUAAAAUGUGUCUGUGAUUUAAGAGAACGCAUACAUGUAAUUGAAGAAGUUUUAGUAACUGGCCCCAUGAAAAUAUUACGAUUAAAACGCCGUCAGAAGAAUUUAAAUGAUAUUUAUAAGAAGUUGAAUUUGAUAUCCACUGUUCACCAGACACAGCCUACAAUACAAAAGCUGCUAAAUACAUCAGAUUUUGUUGGAGCUUUAGAUAUGAUAUAUACUACACAAGAUGUUUUAGCUCAAGAACUAAGUGGUAUUCAUAGUUUCAGGCAUCUAGGAUCACAACUUGCAGAGAUGGAAAAAGUGAUAGGUAAAAUGAUGGUCAAUGAUUUUGUCCGUUAUAUUACUGCUGAUUUGAAUCGACCUCAUACUGAGCUUCUUGUUAUGGAAGAGGAAAAAUUAAUUGCCAUUGUGUUUGGAAUGCUGAGGCAAAACCAUUUCCGUUUUGUCCAGACAUUUAAAGAAGAAUGCUUUACCACAAUAGAAGCUACAGUAAAGCAGACUGUAAUAGAAGUGGUGUCUCAGAGUGAUGAUUUUGACUUAGAAAGCAACACUGGCAACCUUGCUGAGCAGCUAAGAUCUCUCUCAUUUCACAAGUGGAUGGAAAUGUUUCAACUCAUUAUGAAAAACCUACAUUUUCUUUUGCAAAGAAUUCAAGCUUUAUAUCAAGUAAUGGAUGACACCUUAGAAGUUGCUGCUGGUUAUAUUGCAAAUAUAAAUACCGAUGAAAACUUCCAUCGAUGUCAUACACUACACUUGAUGGAAACAGAAGUAAUGAUUUCAGAACAGGACUACCUAAAAAUUAAGCCAAAUUUAAAAGAUGUCUUGUGUUCAGUUUGUGAUCAUGCACAUGAUUGUUGCGCAAAGAUAUUAUCAGCAAAGGCAAAGGAUGGUUCAUUAGAUAAGUUAAUUAUGCCAGAAUUUUUAAGUUUGGCUAAGAGUAUUGAAGAAUUUCAACAAAAAAGUGAAGAAAUUUCUGGAAAGCAAAGCACAGCUUUGAGACUCGCUUUACAAAGCCAGGUUAGUCGUUUUGUAAUGAGGUUUCAUGAAGAAAGAAAGGUAAAACUCAAUUUGAUUUUAGAAAAUGAACAGUGGAAGCAAGCUGAUGUGCCUAUGGAAUUUCAAGAGCUAGUUAAUGAUAUUGUAUCAUCUGGUUGCAUUACAUCUAUAAAAAAGAACACUAAUGAAAAUCGCAGGGAACCUCAGCCUUAUUUAAUUGUUAAUGGAGAAAAUUUUGCUGUGUGUGGAACAGCUCUUAUGCUUUUUAAAAUGAUUAUUGAAUAUUGCCAAUGUGCUGAAGAGCUACCAAUGCUGGCUCCAGAUCUUGCUAAUCGUCUUGUAGAGUUACUCAAGGCAUUUAAUUCAAGAACCUGUCAACUUGUGCUAGGUGCUGGAGCUCUACAGUUAGUAGGUCUGAAAACCAUAACUACAAAGCAUUUAGCCUUAACUUCUCGAUGUUUGCAUCUUAUUGUAUACUUCAUUCCUUAUGUUAAAAACCAUUUUCAAAGUAAAAUUCCUGUUAAGCAGCAAAAACUAGAUAAGCAAUUUGAACAAGUAUCUAAAAUUUAUAUGGAACAUAUUCGUGAAAUUAGUCAUAAAUUGGAAUCCAUUAUUUCUGACAUGUUUGAAACUCAAUUACGAAAGUGGGAAGUGAAGGCACCUGUACCUUCACCUUCAUUUAAUGCUAUUUCAAAGCAGCUUACAAAAGUUCAUGAAUUUGUUCAUAAUGUUCUUUCUCCAGAAGAACUAAAUAAUAUUUUCCUGCGAGUGAAUAAUAACUUCAAAAACAAGUUGCGGGAUCAUCUUGCAAGAUUGCAAGUUAACAAUGAUGGUGGACCUCAACAUGGGUUGGUAACUCAAGAAUUGACAUUUUACAUUCAGAAUUUAAAAAAGCUUCAAGUACCUUGUGAUUUUAAUAUGAAUGAUUUAUGGCAAUCUAGAUAGCAGUUAAUAAAAAUAUUUAUUUAUAAAUUUAUAUUGAUAUCGCAAGUUGAUUGUAAAUUGAUAGUAUAUAUUUUUCAAUUAAUAAUUUUGAGAAUAAACUAAUUUUAUUGUUCA